GAAUAGACCUACAAUGACCAAACCUCUAUGGACUUAGGCACGUUUGAAGUACAGUCCGGCUCAAGUUAUCUUCACCUGCAUUAUGGGGAGCUGUACGCGCGGUAUUGGAAUCGUUAUUGCCGCAAUUUGCAUAGUUGUGGUAAACGGUCAGGAACGCUUCGGGGCUCGGCAAUGCGGCUGCCUUGAAGAACCAGUGAACGGCGCUCCAAGACGAGAUAGGUUCUGCAGACCUAAGUGGACGCUGCCCUCAGAACUGAACAGAAUUCGCCACUGCGUGUGCAGGCCGGGUCUUAUUCGAAACUCCUGGGGCGACUGCAUCACUGAGCAAGAGUGCAAGAGGUGCAAAUGCUUCUGGGACAGAGACUUCAAUGUAUGCACUCGCGCGUGCCCCUUGAUUUGCAACGAACCGAUACGGCCAACAUGUCCCCAACAUUGUGUCUUCGGAUGCGACUGCCCUCCUGGAUACAUAAGGAGCUCAAGUGGAAGAAGGAAAUCUUGCGUCAAGAUCGAUCGGUGCCCUCCAAGGUGCCCGCCAAACUCGAGCUUUCAAACCUGCGUGUCGACCUGUGCGCCAAAGUGCGGGAAACCUAGACCAAAUAACUGCGUCACGCGCUGUCAGAGGGGUGGCUGCGUCUGCACCCAGGGUUACGCCGAAGUGGAGCAGGACGGACAGACAAUAUGCGUGCCGGAACAAGAGUGUGCGAGGUACGGUACGAUGCCGACGCCGUUCCAACCGACCGGGCCCGGAAGUAUGGGCGACAGCGGUGGUUCCUUUGGCACAUCAUACCGUCCGGGUGGCGACACUGCACCUCAAAUUCCAGCACCCAUACCUGGUGCUGGAGUUCCCCCACGUGGUGCUGAAGGAAUGUUCCCACAGGGUGGGCCGACGUAUGGUUCCACCGGAUAUAGCCCGGGAGGGAUUUCUAUGUACCCGCAGGGAAUACCCCAGCAAGGUACCACGGCAAACAAGCCUGGUGGAGUGGGAACGUUCCCACAAACCGUGCCUUCAAUGGGUGCAACGCAAGAUCAGCCGUCCGGUAGUGUAAUAUACCAAGGUGGUUCAAUCUCACCGGUUAACACUGGGUAUUUACCGAUCGGUAGUGCAGGAACAAUAUUAUAUCCCCCGAUCAGCGUGGAAACUCGACCAGUUGUUUUUCCAGGCUCAAAUUCAGGUUACCAAACAGGUAGACCUUGCUUUAGCCAAGGUUCACCAUGCAAUCAAUUCUCCACAGUCGGCGUCGGAGGAUGCCGGCAGUGCCAGUGAGUUGCAGCGCUUUGAGGUGUGUUUCACCUUUUUACGAUGUUUGCUUUUUACCCGUUCUGGUAUAAAGACAUAUAAACUAAAACACAGGCCUUGGUCCACAUUUAAGAUGUGUGGAACAUUCCAUCGGGGUGGUUUGAACAUCUAUGUUUCAACCUCCACAUGCGAAAUUAAAGAAACGGACUGCUAUGUUUGAUCGACAUUUUGCAGCAUACAACAAGCUGUCUACCACAAGCCAGACCGUAGCAAGUUCUUUUAUUUCCAGUUUUUUUUUUUAUUCGUGCUUGUCUCUUGCUCCUAAAAAAUUAUCAUGGAGAUUACUGAUGCUCGGAGGUGUGAGAAACUUGAUGAAGGGUGGAAAUACUGAAAAACUAAAGAAAUUCUUGUCGUGUACAACCAACGUUAACGCAUUUAAGGGCUUUUGGUUUUACUGUUCUUUGUGUAGUGUUGUUUUUUGUUUGUUCUGAAGCGGUACUGGACGCCAUCCUUGUUCGAAUAAAAUAAUGCGUGUCAUUGUUCA